CACCAAGCAGCCAUACCCCGUCGCGCUCCACCUCGAAAAGCAGAGCCAACCGAUGGUCUCGCAGCACAGUCACGUUCGAGGAGGACGUGGAGGACGCGCCCGCCACGGGCGCAAGCGAGCUGGACCCCGUCACCGUAUGCAUCAAAGCGGCCGCCUUCUGGAAGAGCAUCGAGGGCGUCGCGGGGCCCCACUACAAGCAGGCGCAGGAGGAGCUCAAGGCGGCAAAGGCCGCGGCGCUGGCCUCCAAGUCGCCAGACCAGCAGACCCAGAGCCUCAACGCCCAGCUCGCGGUGGAGUCCUUCACAGCCAAGUACGGCGAUAUUUCCAAGGAGCGCAGGGAAAUCCAAAAUGAGAUCCAGCAGCUGGAGACCCAGCUCAAGGUGGCGGCAACGGCGGCAGUGGCGAAGCACGCCAACCCAGAGGCAGCAGGCACCCUCGCGGGCUUCGUCCAGCAGAAGUUUGGCGGCAUGGCCUACUCAGCCGAGUUCCAGCAGCAGAUCGACGCCAUGGCCGCGGAGUUCAACAGCGAGUACAACAGGGUCGCAGCAGCCGCUGCGAGCCAGACAGCCGAACCACCAGACGCCGCCGCCACCAGCGCCAGCGCGACGGCCACGUCGCAGGCAGCCGCGCCGCCGCUCAAGAUCGAGCCGCAGGCCACCGACAAGCCCACGGGGCACGACUCCGACGACGUGGAGCUCAUGGACACCAAGGAGCCCCUCGGCUUGGCGGCAGGCGCCAAGAGGGUCUCCCAGGCGCUCGAGGCGGCCACCCAGCUCCAGGCUGACGGAGCGGUGGGGCCAGCGACCGCCGACGCGACCUGCCGCCCCCGCCAGCGCGCACCCCGGGAGAAGGCGGGGCAGUCCGCCAGCGCAGCGGUUGAGGCCAACUGGCCAG